AUGCUAAUAUUCGACUAUCUCAAAAAAUUAAGUAUUUUUAUUUUAAUUACAACUAUUGUUAUUCCACUAUGGUAUAAAUCAACUAAUUCUCAAUAUAUUUUAAUACGUAUUGUACAUUCAUUGCUGACAUUAAAACAUUCUUUCAUAUCUGAUGCAACACGACCAACAUUAAGUGCAGAAUAUCGUGCUUUUGAAAAUUUAAUACGUAUAAGACCCAUACCACAAUAUGAUCCAUUAGCGGAUGCUAUAACUUUACUUAAAGAUAUGCGUUCAAAAUCAGUUAUGUCUGAUCUUAUUCCAAAACCAGCACAAUGUCGAAUAAAUAAAGAAAUCUUUGAAUAUGAUGAACAUACAAUUGAUACUUAUUGGAUUGAUUAUCCUAUUCGAAAUUUUCAAAAACAUUCAGAUAAAUUAUUUAUUUUUUUACAUGGUGGUGGAUAUUUAAUAGGAAAUAUUCAAAGUUAUAGUGGUAUUGAAUGUGAAUUAUCUCGAAUAUUUAAUGGAACAAUUCUUCAUGUUGAAUAUCGUCUUAGUCCUGAACAUCCUAUUCCUGCUGCUGUUAAUGAUACUAUAUCAGUCUAUCGUACUUUACUCAAUCGAGAUAUUUUGUCAUCUCAAAUUUUUUUUAUUGGUGAUUCUGCUGGUGGUGGUCUUUCUCUUUUAACAAUUCAAACUUUAAUUAAGCAACAAACACAAACUCCACGUGGAGUUAUUGUUCUUUCACCAUGGACAGAUUUAAGUGCAUCUGGUGAAAGUUUUAUUGGUAAUCGUGAAAUUGAUUUAUUAUUUAGUCAUGAUGAUGUUCGAUGGGUUACUGCACAAGUAUUGAGUCUCAAUCAAUCUGCAAAUGAUCCUCAUUAUAGUCCUCUAUUUGGUUCAUUUAAAGAAUUUCCACCAAUGUACAUCACUGUUGGUACUACUGAAAUCUUAUAUGAUGAUGCUAGACGAGUAUUUCGUAAAGCACAAGAAGCAAAUGUAAAUGUGACGUUAGAAGAAGGUUUGCAUAUGAUGCAUAUUUAUCCAAUUCUUUUCUCAUUUUUUCCUGAAGCACAAAAUACAUUGAACAAUAUUAAUCGAUGGGUUCAGACAUUGAUUGAAGAACAUUAA